ACUGCGCUAGCAGUGUUUACGGGAAGCUCGUGGCUCUCUGUCUAGUCACUCUGUGUGCUGAGCGCAGGACCUUCUCCAAACGAGAGUUUAAACUUUUGCGCUCGUAACGCAUUGCAUUAUUGUUCAAGGGACAUAGAGGAAUUGCAUAAAAAGAAAAGGAAUGGCCGUUUUUCCCCUUUUGCAGUUUUAAAAUCAAGACAGAAUCGCAGGUCUGCUGUUGCUCGCCUGUUUCCUUGAUCUUUUCCAGCUCUUGCUCACUGUGCGAUGUGAGUAACGAUAGCUCCAAGGCUGAAGGGAAGUAACGAAUAAAUGGUAAAUCAGCGGCGUUGAUGCCUGUAGACUGAUAGCACUCUGUCAUGGAACUGUUGUCCCUGUCAUCGGGGAUGUGCGAACUCACAGAGAGAGCCGCUGCCUGAUUAAGCCCUGUCUGUCCCAGAGAAGUGGAGCAUGCCUCAGACCCGCAGCGCGUCCCUCCAUGCCGCCUGCUGUGUACUGAGCUGCAGUGGACCCCCUCUCACAUGCCUGCAAACCCUCAACUCCCCAUUUCCACCAUCCUACUGAUUUUUUGUGCCACUCUCUCCGCCACCGUUGCAGCAUCUCUCUGGAAGAUGAACAGAUCAAUGAUGAUCAUCGCUGAGAGCUGUUGUCCUCGACAUCUGUAACUGCCAUCGAUUGUGUCCCCAACAUGUGGAGAGCCGCCACCAGACUGAACGCCAUGGCGGUCCUCUUCCUCCGAACGACAGCCGUCUGCUGCCUCGUGUUGGCAUUGGCUCACGUUCAGUGCUCAGAAGGGUUUAGUCGAGCAGCUCUUCCGUUCGGAUUAGUGAGGCGAGAGUUGUCCUGCGAGGGCUACCCCAUCGAUCUCCGCUGUCCGGGAAGUGAUGUCAUCAUGAUCGAGACCGCCAACUACGGCCGAACGGACGACAAGAUCUGUGACGCCGACCCAUUUCAGAUGGAGAACAUAAACUGCUACCUCCCAGAUGCCUUCAAAAUCAUGUCACAGAGGUGCAACAACCGAACCCAGUGCAUUGUCAUUACUGGAUCUGAUGUUUUCCCAGACCCUUGCCCUGGGACCUACAAAUACCUUGAGGUCCAGUACGAGUGUGUGCCCUAUAUUUUUGUUUGUCCGGGGACUCUGAAAGCUGUCGGAGAUCCUUCCUUUCUCUUUGAAGCGGAGCAGCAAGCCGGUUCCUGGUGCAAAGAUCCGCUCCAAGCAGCCGACAAAGUGUAUUUCAUGCCCUGGACUCCCUAUCGCACGGAUACGCUCAUCGAGUACUCAUCGCUUGACGACUUCCAAAACUCUCGGCAAACUGUCACGUACAAGCUCCCGCACCGGGUAGAUGGUACUGGAUUCGUGGUGUACGACGGGGCUGUGUUUUUCAACAAAGAGCGAACACGUAACAUUGUAAAGUUUGACCUCCGGACCCGAAUUAAGAGCGGAGAAGCUAUCAUUAACAAUGCAAACUAUCACGAUACUUCUCCGUACAAGUGGGGGGGUAAGACAGACAUAGACCUUGCCGUGGAUGAGAACGGGCUGUGGGUCAUCUACGCUACAGAGCAGAACAAUGGUAUGAUUGUCAUUAGUCAGUUGAACCCUUACACCUUGCGAUUCGACGCCACUUGGGAGACGGCGUACGACAAACGCUCGGCUUCCAAUGCGUUCAUGAUAUGUGGAGUACUGUACGUGGUCAGGUCCACAUACGAGGACAAUGAGAGCGAAGUGAGCAAAAGUGUGAUCGACUAUAUUUACAACACGAAACUCAAUCGAGGGGAAUUUGUGGAUAUUCACUUUCCUAAUCAGUAUCAGUACAUAGCUGCAGUGGAAUACAAUCCCAGAGAUAACCAGCUCUAUGUGUGGAAUAAUUUCUACGUAUUGCGAUAUAAUCUCGUGUUUGGACCCCCGGAUCCUGCCAAUGGCCAAGGGUUUUUCGAAGUGACGUUCUCACCAGAGAUGCCGAAGACCACGUCAACCGUCACCACCACGCUGGUGGCCAAGACUCCAGCCAACACCAUGACAACCACCACUGUUGGCCCGAAGGCCGGCACUAAAGCCUUCAAGCCGGCCCAGGUCGUCCCCGAGAGCACCGCGCGGGCCCCCACGGACUCGCUGCCUCCCCCGGCGCGCUUCUGCGAGGGCAUUGAGAAGAGAGACAUAGUGUGGCCCCAAACCCAGAGGGGCAUGCUGGUGGAGAGGCCCUGCCCCAAAGGGACGCGAGGCACUGCCUCCUACUUAUGUGUGCUUGCCACGGGAGCCUGGAACCCGAAAGGACCUGAUCUCAGUAAUUGUACCUCCCAUUGGGUUAAUCAAGUCGCUCAGAAGAUUCGGAGUGGAGAGAACGCGGCGAAUCUGGCCAAUGAGCUGGCGAAGCACACCAAAGGACCCAUCUUCGCCGGCGAUGUGAGCUCCACCAUGAGACUGAUGGAGCAACUCGUGGACAUCUUGGAUGCCCAGCUGCAAGAGCUCAGACCCAGCGAGAAGGACUCUGUGGGCUGGAGUUUUAACAAGCUUCAAAAGCGAGAAAGGACUUGCAGGGCAUACAUGAAGGCUAUUGUAGACACAGUUGAUAACCUCCUGAGGCCAGAGGCCCUGAAGGCCUGGCGAGAUAUGAACUCCACGGAGCAGACUCACGCGGCAACCAUGUUACUUGAUACGCUAGAGGAAGGAGCCUUCGUCCUCGCAGACAAUCUAAUGGAGCCAGCCAUCGUGAAAGUACCGGCUAACAAUAUAAUUCUGGAUGUCCACGUGCUCAGCACUGAUGGGCAGGUGCAGGAUUUUAAGUUUCCACAAACGAACAAAGGAGGAGUUUCGAUUCAGCUGUCGGCCAACACAGUGAAGCUCAACAGCAGGAAUGGAGUUGCUAAGUUGGUGUUUGUUCUCUACAAACACCUCGGGCAGUUUCUCAGCACUGAAAACGCCACAAUGAAGUUCAAUAAUGACAUGCACGGACGCAACCACUCUGUGGCAGUAAACUCGGACAUCAUCGCAGCCUCAAUCAACAAAGAGUCUAGCCGGGUCUUCAUAUCAGAACCUGUGCUUUUUACACUGGAGCAUAUUGAUACGCAGCACUACUUCAACUCCAACUGUUCGUUCUGGAACUACUCGGAGAGAAGUAUGACAGGGUACUGGUCUACGCAGGGCUGCAAGCUCGUUGCAGGAAACAAAACGCACACAACCUGCUCAUGCAGUCACCUGACCAACUUCGCCGUCCUCAUGGCCCAUCGAGAAGUCGGGGGCAAAGACGAGGUACACGAGCUGCUGUUGACGGUGAUUACGCGGGUGGGGAUCGCCGUCUCCCUGGUGUGCCUGGCCGUCAGCAUCUUCACCUUCUGCUUCUUCCGGGGCCUCCAGAGCGACCUCAACACCGUCCAUAAGAACCUCUGCAUCAACCUCUUCAUCGCCGAGUUAAUAUUUUUAAUUGGUAUCGACAUGACGGAACCCAGGAUUGGCUGUUCCAUCAUCGCUGGCAUUUUACAUUUCUUCUUCCUGGCGUCCUUCGGCUGGAUGUGUCUGGAGGGUGUUCAGCUCUACCUGAUGCUAGUGGAAGUCUUCGAGAGCGAAUACUCCAGGAAGAAAUACUACUAUGUGUCUGGAUACCUCUUUCCCACCCUCGUAGUCAUUGUCUCUGCAGCAGUGGACUACCGAAGCUAUGGGACUGACAGAGCUUGCUGGCUGAGGAUGGACAAUCAUUUCAUCUGGAGCUUCAUCGGGCCUGUUACCUUCAUCAUUAUGUUAAAUCUCAUCUUCCUGGUCAUAACCAUGUAUAAAAUGGUCAAGCACACUACUUCACUGAAACCUGACUCCAGCCGGCUGGAAAAUAUAAAAUCGUGGGUCCUUGGUGGCUUUGCGCUCCUCUUCCUCCUGAUCCUGACGUGGUCUUUCGGCCUCUUCUUCAUUACCGAGUCCUCGGUGGUCAUGGCCUACCUGUUCACCAUCUUCAACGCCUUCCAGGGAAUGUUCAUCUUCAUCUUCCACUGCCUCUUGCAGAAAAAGGUUCGAAAGGAGUACAGCAAAUGUUUCAGACACACCUACUGCUGUAGAGGCUUACCGACUGAAAACUCUCACAAUUCAACCAAGACGUCAACCACAAGGACAAGUGCACGCUACUCCUCUGGCACUCAGAGUCGUAUCAGGAGAAUGUGGAACGACACCGUCAGAAAGCAAUCUGAAUCCUCCUUUAUCUCAGGCGACAUCAACAGCACAUCCACCCUUAACCAAGGACACUCACUGAGCAGCAAGAGGGAAACCAGUGCAAUGGAUACUCUACCGCUAAAUGGUAACUUUAACAAUAGCUAUUCACUGCGCAAUGGGGACUACGAGGACAGUGUGCGAGUUGUGGACUGCGGACUAAGCAUAGACGACGCAGCGUUCGAGAAGAUGAUCAUCUCGGAACUGGUGCACAACAAUCUCAGGGCCUGCAACAAGAACCACAAUAUGGAGCGCAAGCUUUCGACCAAAAAAGUGGCCGUGGUGGGGGUGGGCGGCAGCAGCAGCGAAGACGACGCCAUCGUGGCCGACGCCUCGUCUUUGGUGCACGUUGCCGACACCAGCCGGCGGCUGGAGCUUCACCAGCGGGAGCUGGAGGCUCCGCUCAUUCCCCAGAGGACGCACUCGCUCCUCUACCCCCCGCAGCACAAGGUGAAGCUGGACAGCAGCAGCAUGGAGAGCUAUAUCUCCCCCGUGCUGUCUCCCACGGAGACGGAGGACAACCUGCAGUCCCCCAACAGAGACUCCUUGUACACGAGUAUGCCCAACCUGAGGGACUCGCCUUAUCACGAGUGCAGCCCGGAGGACGUAGUGGAGGAGCUCUCUCCAUCCAAGACGAGCGGGAGUGAGGAUGUUUACUACAAGAGCAUGCCCAACCUGGGAGCCGGGCAGCAGCUGCAAGCCUAUUACCAGAUAGAUAAAGUGGGGGACGGUUAUAUUAUUCCCAUAAGCAAAGACGGAUGCAUCCCCGAGGGGGACGUGCGGGAAGGACAAAUGCAGCUGGUCACAAGCCUUUAGACGUAUUUAAAUAUUCAGCACUGUACCUUUGGCAAUGUAGUAAAAGGCGCGUCGGCAGUACUCCCGGCCGGCGCGUCCAGGUAUCCACCUUUGAAAUGUUCAUCUGCAUCUUCGACCGUGAAGAACAUAAAUGACUUGGGGGGAGGGUAGUGUGAGAUAGUUUUGAAUCACCAGGACUGUAUAUAAAUUGAGGAAUAAAAAACAGCCAAAUAAUGUAUUUAUAUGUUCUUCUGUUGCUGGGAUAAAAAUGAAAAACAUAUUUAAAAAAAUAUUCACAAAAAAAAUCAACCAUUCCAAAUGACGUUUCCUACUUAAAUUUGUACAUAUGAUACAUCGUAAUUACACAUAAAACAUGAUCACUGUCUAAACCUGUUUUGUAUUAUAUACAAAAUGGAAUGUUCGACUGCUGAAAUGUUCCGAGAGACGCUAUUGGAUUAGAAGGAGGUCUUGAGGUUUUCUAAGGCCUUGUGAGAGAACAAAAAAGAUAAUUGACCACUAGCAAUCAAGCCCCAGGCCUUAUAUUUUCUCCAAUGUAUAUUGAACUCUUGUUCGAAACGAAAAAUACAAAAUAUUUAUAUAUAUUUUGUUGUAUUGCUAGUGAAAUUAAGGACAAACUAUAAUUAUGAAGAAAUGUUUUAAUUAAAAAACUAUGUUUUGGAGAGACUAUUGUGUUAAAAAAAAAAAAACACUAAAUCGCUCAUGAGCUCAGGCUUGUGAACAUUAUUCUGAACACUUUUUUCCGCCCAUGGUAUGUUUGAAAACAACAGUAGCAUCCUCACUCCAAUUUGUGGUCACUGUUUCCUCCCUGCAUCCAGCUAUUUCUAGCUCACAUAAAGUGAACUGGUCGCCAUCAUCAAGAGGAGACGUAUUCAUUUUCAGCUCAUGUAGAAGGCACUGACUGAGCUUGGCUUUUUUGAUGUGAGUCUGUAGAAAAGAUGAAUCAGCAAUGGACUUGAAUAGGGGCAGUUGUUUUCAAACUCAGUUUACCCCCUGUAGUGUCUCAUUUUAAACUGAGGUUAUUUGUUAUGUUGACUCCCCCUUCCCCACCCCUUCUGGAAAAACAACGAUGAACUUUUGUGAAUAUUUUCAAGCACUGAUAUACGUGGUUCAUUAUUUUAUAUAAGCGUGAUAUUAAGACAUUCAUCACUUUCAAAAGAAAUGUAAAGGUCCACACUUCGUAAACAAUAAAUACAUGUGAAUCUUUUUUGUCAAAUUUUCAUGUUUUGUUAUUUCCCUCUGGUAAUGUUUUAGCUGAAUGUCAUGGUAGUUGGAGAGAAGUUAAAUCAACUUGAUGUGGUGUGGUCAGUGUUAAGAAAAUGUAAGACAAUGAAACUGAUGAUGAACUGGUGAAAUGACACCUACAAUAACUCCUAUAAUAAGAGUGUGGAGGUGCAGUCUGCAGUACUGUACAUGUGCAAUAACAACAGAUUCUUUUAUCAUUUCAUGUGAAAAUAUUUUGAGGAA